GAGGAUUGAGGAUCUCCACCCACCGAGAAACCUUUCCUGCUUCUUCCUGAUCCAAAAAAACUCCACAGAAGUACACUUUAAAGUCUUGCCAGCUCUCCUGGCUAUAAUAAAAGAUGAGUUAUCCUGGUUAUCCUCCUCAGUCCGGUGCUUAUCCUCCUCAGGCCGGUGGGUACCCUCCACAGGCUGGUGGCUAUCCUCCCCAGCCAGGAAUGUAUCCUCCUGCAGCUGGUGGGUAUCCUCCUCAAGCAGGAGGUUAUCCUCCUCAAGCUGGGGGAUACCCGCCCCAGCCCGGAUCUUUCCCAGGCCAGCCCGGAGCCUUUCCUUCCCUACCUCCAGGUGGAUGGGGAGCUCCAGGUGCUCCGGGAAUGCCUGGAUUUAAUGCGAGCAAUCUGCCUGCGAUGGCAAACGACAUCUCUAAUGCCUUGGGUGGAUUUAAUCCUGGGGGUCCCGGAUCCUACCCUAACCAACAGCCCUUUGGCCUGUCCCCUCAGCCAGGAGGACCCAUGCCUCAGGCACCAGGAAUGGGCUAUCCAGGAGGUCCAGCUCCAGGUCAGCCCAUGCCAGGCUACCCACAAGCCCCUUCACCGAAUCCCCCCAUGCCAGGCUACCCACAAGCCCCAGCAGCCAAUCCAUCCAUGCCUGGCUACCCACAAGCCCCAGCAGCCAAUCCAUCCAUGCCUAGCUACCCACAAGGUCCCAGUUACCCCAAUGCGCCAGCUACCAGUCCAUCCAUGCCCACAUAUGGAGGAGGAGCUCCAGCUGUUCCUGCUAUUAAUCGUGGAUUCAGAGGAACCAUCCCAGAUUUUCCUGGAGCAGACCCAUUAAAAGAUGUGGAGGUUCUUAGGAAGGCUAUGAAAGGCUUUGGUACCGAUGAACAGGCUAUAAUUAAUCUUCUUGGAAGUCGUUCAUGCAGGCAGCGUGUACCUCUGCUGGUUACAUACAAGACUGCCUAUGGGAAGGACUUGGUCAAAGACCUGAAGUCGGAGCUUUCUGGGAACUUUGAGAAACUAGUUUUGGCCAUGUUGAAGACUCCUGCUCAGUUUGAUGCAUCUGAGCUAAAAGAGGCCAUCAAGGGAGCAGGGACUGAUGAGGCCUGUCUGAUUGAGAUCCUGUCCUCUCGCACCAAUGCGGAGAUCAGAGAAAUCAAUCAAAUCUACAAAGCUGAAAACAAGAAAUCACUGGAGGAUGCGAUUAGUGGAGAUACAUCAGGACACUUUCGCAGGCUGCUCAUCUCUCUUGCUCAGGGCAAUCGUGAUGAGAGAGAGACUGUGGAUAUAUCAUUAGCCAAACAAGAUGCUCAGACUCUCUAUCAGGCUGGAGAAAAUAAACUCGGCACAGAUGAAUCCAAGUUUAACGCCAUCCUGUGUGCUCGAAGCAAACCUCACCUUAGAGCAGUGUUCCAGGAAUACCAGCAAAUGUGUGGCCGAGACCUUCAGAAGAGUAUUGAGAGGGAGAUGUCUGGAGAUCUGGAGAGUGGCAUGGUGGCUGUUGUGAAGUGCAUUAGGGACACACCAGCCUAUUUUGCUGAAAGACUCCACAAAGCCAUGAAGGGAUUGGGAACCAAAGACCGCACCCUGAUCCGCAUUAUGGUGUCUCGCUCUGAGGUAGAUAUGUUGGACAUCCGCCAGGCAUACGUGAAGAUGUAUGGCAAGUCUCUCUACACGGAUAUUUCUGGAGACACUUCUGGGGAUUACAAGAAAUUGCUGUUGAAGCUUUGUGGUGGAAGUGAUUAAGAAGAUGCAGCUUCUGUCACAUUAAAGAAGAUUAAAAAAAAAAAGUGCCAUGCGGUGUUCAUACAAAAUAUAUUACUAUACUCUGAAAAAAUGCUUUUAUCUACAAUUGCAUGUUGUUGCCAUAAUUAUAUCAUUGCACAUAUGCCAUAAUUUCAUGUACAACAUUUCUGUGCUGUAUUUUAUAUGAAUCUUUAUUUUAUAUAAAGCAGGCCAUGUUUUUAUUUGUUUCUUUAAUUGGGCCAUUAUGCUGAGUAUAUACUGCAAUAAGACAUAUUAUGAAUCUGAAAAAAGUGCUGUUAUUGAGUCAUAUUUUUGAGAGGGGCUGGGUGAGGGUGCAGAUCUUUAUUUUCCUUUCUGAAUGUGAUGACUUUUCCAGUUUGAUACAAUAACAAUAUCAAGGUGCUGAUACCCAGUACUGAUCCAAAUACCCCUACUCUCUGUCGGCUUCUUUUGCCCAGUUAUGCCAUAUAUCACGGGUAAUAACAAUAUGCCCAGGAUCUUUACAUACUUUUAUAGUAUGAACUAUCAGUAGACUGGAGAAGAAAGUUGAAUCUGAUUCAAUCUCAGUGUUUCACAACAAUCAGUUGUAUUACCAACACUUCAUAGAAUGAAAUGAUUUAUAGAGAUUUAUGCUAUCAACUAAAUACCAAACACUUUUUUAUAACUUCUGUCAACCUUGUUCAGGAAUAAGGAAUUGCAGAAACAACACCUAUGAGUAGAAACAGCUACAUACAAUGCUGUGGCCUACAGUUACACCAAUUCCUAGUUGCUUUACACUAUACUCUGGGAUAAGUGUCCAUAGUAAUAUGGAAUUGAGUGCAUGUUUUACCAUGGAUAUAAAAAAAGAUAUGUGAUUUACUGCAUUUUGUGGAUAACAUUUUUACAUGGUUAUGUUCCGCUUGUGUUGUACACUCAAUACACACACUGUUGCAAAAUAAAAUAAAGCAGCGCAAUCACACUCA